UCUCUUCUCCGUGGACUCUUAUACCCCUGAUUCUCCCUUCCACGAGAUCACUUCCUGUCCCUGUACAUUACCACUACUCACGACCCUCUUCCCCUUCCUUUCUCUUUAACGAACCCCUCCAUACACACACACAUUCAUCAUGGCCCCCGCUGUCGGUAUCGAUUUGGGAACCACCUACUCCUGCGUGGGUGUCUUCCGUGAUGACCGUAUUGAGAUCAUCGCCAACGACCAGGGUAACCGCACCACCCCCUCGUUCGUUGCCUUCACCGACACCGAGCGUCUCAUCGGUGAUGCCGCCAAGAACCAGGUCGCCAUGAACCCCCACAACACCGUCUUCGACGCCAAGCGUCUGAUCGGUCGUCGUUUUGGCGAUGCUGAGGUUCAGUCCGACAUGAAGCACUGGCCCUUCAAGGUCGUCGAGAAGGGUGGCAAGCCCAUCAUCGAGGUUGAGUUCAAGGGCGAGUCCAAGCAGUUCACCCCCGAGGAGGUCUCCUCCAUGAUCCUCACCAAGAUGCGUGAGACCGCUGAGGCUUACCUCGGUGGCACCGUCAACAACGCUGUCAUCACUGUCCCCGCCUACUUCAACGACUCUCAGCGUCAGGCUACCAAGGAUGCUGGUCUCAUCGCUGGUCUGAACGUCCUCCGUAUCAUCAACGAGCCCACCGCUGCUGCCAUCGCCUACGGUCUUGACAAGAAGACCGAGGGUGAGCGCAACGUCCUCAUCUUCGAUCUUGGUGGUGGUACCUUCGAUGUGUCUCUCCUGACCAUCGAGGAGGGUAUCUUCGAGGUCAAGGCCACCGCUGGUGACACUCACUUGGGUGGUGAGGACUUCGACAACCGUCUCGUCAACCACUUCGUCAACGAGUUCAAGCGCAAGCACAAGAAGGACCUGACCACCAACGCUCGUGCUCUCCGUCGUCUCCACACUGCUUGCGAGCGUGCCAAGCGUACCCUCUCCUCUGCUGCGCAGACCUCCAUCGAGAUCGACUCUCUGUUCGAGGGUAUUGACUUCUACACCUCCAUCACCCGUGCUCGUUUCGAGGAGCUGUGCCAGGACCUCUUCCGCUCCACCAUGGAGCCCGUCGAGCGUGUCCUCCGUGACGCCAAGAUCGACAAGUCCUCUGUCCACGAGAUUGUCCUGGUCGGUGGUUCCACCCGUAUCCCCAAGAUCCAGCGUCUCGUCUCCGACUUCUUCAACAAGGACCCCAACAAGUCCAUCAACCCCGAUGAGGCCGUUGCCUACGGUGCUGCCGUCCAGGCUGCUAUCCUGUCCGGUGACACUUCCUCCAAGUCCACCAACGAGAUCCUCCUGCUCGAUGUUUCCCCUCUUUCCCUUGGUAUCGAGACCGCUGGUGGUGUCAUGACUGCUCUCAUCAAGCGCAACACCACCAUCCCCACCAAGAAGUCCGAGACCUUCUCCACUUACUCCGACAACCAGCCCGGUGUCCUGAUCCAGGUCUACGAGGGUGAGCGUGCUCGUACUAAGGACAACAACCUCCUCGGAAAGUUCGAGCUCACUGGUAUCCCCCCCGCUCCCCGUGGUGUUCCCCAGAUUGAGGUCACCUUCGACCUUGAUGCCAACGGUAUCAUGAACGUCUCCGCUAUCGAGAAGGGUACCGGUAAGACCAACAAGAUUACCAUCACCAACGACAAGGGCCGUCUCACCAAGGAGGACAUCGAGCGCAUGCUUGCUGAGGCCGAGAAGUUCAAGGCUGAGGAUGAGGCCGAGACUGGCCGUAUCCAGGCCAAGAACGGUCUCGAGUCCUACGCCUACUCCCUCAAGAACACCCUCAACGAGGGCAAGCUCACCAUCUCCGAUGCCGACAAGGAGAAGGUCACCGCCAAGAUCGACGAGGUCAUCAGCUGGCUCGACAACAACCAGACCGCUGAGAAGGACGAGUACGAGUCCCAGCAGAAGGAGCUUGAGAGGUAUGUUCCACCGGUCCCCUAACCUGCAAUUGAAGCUUGAUGCUAACGGUUAUCUGCAGCAUUGCCAAUCCCAUCAUCUCCGCUGCCUACGGUGCCGCUGGUGGCGCCCCUGGCGGUGCCGCUCCCGGUGCCACCCGCACUGCCGACGAGGUCGAGGAGCGCCCCGAGGAGCUCGACUAAAUGC